AUGGCUUCACAACAUUUAGCUAUUAGGCGUCAAGAAAUUAUUCGAAAUCUUGCAAAUGUUAGACAACGCAUCGAAGCGAUAGUUGAGGGAAAAUAUGAGGCACGAUUAGUUGCAAUUAGUAAAUUAAAACCAAUAUCUGAUAUCCGUAUAGCUUAUGAAGAUGGGCAACGACAUUUUGGUGAAAAUUAUGUAGAUAGUCAAAAUAAAGCAGAUUUGAUGAAUAAAGUCAGCGCAUCGCGAGAAUCUCCGCUUCGAGUAUUUGUUCAAGUCAAUACUAAAGAAUGUAUAACAGUCUUGAAUCAUGUUCAAGAUAAUUGUCCGAAAUUACAACUUGUGGGAUUAAUGACAAUUGGAGCUCCAAAUCGUGAUCCUAAAGAACCAAAUCCAGAUUUCAUCCUAUUAAAAAGUUUACGAGCUCAAUUUCAAGAAGCAAGAGGAAUAGAAUUAGAAUUAAGUAUGGGCAUGUCUGAUGACUUUGAAGAAGCUUUAAAAUUAGGUGCUACUAAU